AUGACGCUAGUUAUGGACUACGCGGUCAACUUUGGAUUGUCGUGGACUCAGGUAGAGCACCUAAUGAAAUUGGUGGGCUUUAUUCUGAAGAGGAGCGACCUCCCCGACAUGAAAUUCCUCUUUAAGAAGUUCGCGGGUACAGUUAAGUAUCCUGUCUCUGGCACAUCUUCACCUGACAAGACAAAAGAAGGAGCACUACAAUACAUCAAAGGAGCACACAGGACUGGAGUUCAUGUUCGAGGAGUGAAGGGUCCUUCUCCAUUAAUCAGUUUGCCGGGGUUCGAUAUUGUGUGGAGUUUCAGCCCCGACUACAUGCACUGUGUGCUUCUUGGUGUGACACGUCAGUUUACGGAGCUGUGGAUGUCCAAGGUCGGGGCUCCAUACUACAUAGGGUCGCCACAGCUUAUAAAGAUUGACGACAGGCUGUGUGCCACCAAGCCACCACAAUGCAUUACCCGCAUGCCUCGGUCGGUGCAGUUACGAAAGUUCUGGAAGGCAAGCGAGUGGCAACAGUGGCUUUCAUACUACAGUCUCGUGUGUGUGGAUGGAGUCUUGCCGUGCAAGUACAUAGAGCACUUCAGUCUGCUUGCGAGAGGAGUGUUCCUUUUACUUGCAGAUGUUUCAACUGAAGACGUACAUCAGAGCACUGAACUCCUUGCGAAAUUUGUUGUUGGUGUUCAGUUUUUGUAUUCUGAAAGGGAGAUCACAUCUAAUGUUCAUUUGUUGAUGCACCUAGCAAAAAGUGUUCUAAUGCAAGGGCCUCUUUGGGCACAUUCUUGUUUUGUGUUUGAAGGAGGCAUUGGCAAGAUUAAGAAGCUUAUAACAUCUGCAAAGGGAGUGCCCCAUCAAAUCAUGGGCAGGGUACUAACGGCCAGCAAAGUUGGUGCAUGCAACGCCACUGCAAGUCAUCACAUAAAAGAUUUUUUGGGUGUUGGUUUUCACAAAAUGGAACCAAUAGCCCUUUUGGGCAAACCAAGGCCUGCCAGUGCAUCCCUUGUUGGAUUAGUUGAGGCACAAAUCCCCCAUCAAAUAACUGGCCCUGUUGAGGAACAUGACAGAAUCCGCAUGUCUGGAUAUGUGUUCCACAGCGAACAAUACCAGAGGCCUGACAGAAUUGACUGCACAGCUGUAUGGCUGCCAGACAAUACGCAUGCAAAGAUACAGCGUAUUGUCUCAGUGAGUUGCAGUGACAGUAAGAGAACUUACUUUGUGUCAAAGGGCUACAGGAGCAUGUGCUGUUAUGGCACUGGGCACAUUUCAAGGGUUGAGAAGUGCAUGCCCCUGAAACUUGUAGAGGUUUACAGUAAAAGUGUGGUCAUGAACUGCAAGAGCCUCACAACAGCACCUACAGAUGGCACCACCUUACAGCAGGCGCUUGGCUUUUCGCCCACCGACGCUCCUGAUGGUGCGGAGUGGUGUGCAAAGCCCUGCUGCCACCAAAUUCUUGAACCUCUCCACGACCUCCUGGCCACUUCAAGAAACGGCUCAGGCACCCUCUUCUGGUCUCAAGAGGCAAUGGAGGCCUUCCGCAAGGUCAAGGAAGUUUGA